GGCGGAGAGGUGUGAGGACGUCCGUCGUCUGCGCGCGCUGCGGCGCGGUUCCUUUUCCCUCCUCCUUCCAGGAUGGUGGGGUCUGCGGUCGGCGAGGAGGAGGAGGAGGAGGGCUGGAGCGUCUCCUUCGCCGGCUGCGGCUUCCUCGGCGUCUACCACAUCGGGGCCGCCACCUGCCUCCAGGAGAGGGCCCCGCACCUCUUCAGAGACGCCCGCAGGAUCUAUGGGGCUUCGGCUGGGGCCCUCACUGGCGCCGUCAUCACCGGAGGAGGAUCCCUGGCGGAAGCUUGUGGAGAUGUUCUGAGUUUAGCCAAAGAAGCAAGAAAGCGAAAUCUUGGCCCUCUUCAUCCAUCCUUCAAUGUGAUGAAAAUAAUAAGAGACGGACUCUGCAAAAAUCUUCCAGAGAACACUCAUCAGCUGAUAUCAGGAAAACUUCGCAUUUCACUUACCAGAGUUUCUGAUGGCAAAAAUGUGCUGGUAUCCAACUUUAAUUCUAAAGAAGAAGUUGUACAGGCUUUGCUUUGUAGUUCAUUUGUGCCAAUAUAUUGUGGCCUCAUUCCACCUUCUUUUAGAGGGGUGCGCUAUGUGGAUGGCGGAAUAAGUGACAACUUACCUCAGCAUAACUCAAAGAAUACCAUCACAAUUUCACCUUUUUCUGGGGAGUGUGACAUUUGUCCCAAGGGCAAUUCUGCAAGCUUCCAUGAAAUGAAUUUGACCAACACCAGCAUUCAGUUUAGUUUAGGGAAUAUCUAUCGUUUAACUCAAGCACUUUUCCCACCAGAGCCUAAGGUAAUGUAUAUUCACUAUUUUCUGCCAACUGAAUUUUUUCUUCUGAAUGUUAACACAUAUAUUUCUGUUGAAUGGGAGAGAGAUUUCCCAAAAUGAUAGCUAAAUACAUUUGUACACAACUGUCUCAGGAAGAGCAUGCAUAAAUCUAGUCCUGCAGUAGUAAAUUCAAUGGGAGCAACUCCUGUUAACAAGGAAUAAUGUAACUAGACUCCCAGAGCUUUUCACCGCCAGCUCCUAGCUAGCAUGGUCUAUGAUCAAGGAGGAUGAAAGUUGUAAGCCUAGGAAUUUUGAAGAAGCCAAAUAUACAGAGUGGUACCCCUCUCUAGUUUAGGGACUAGAUGAUUAUAGUAGUUUUGAUUCAGUUAAUGUUCCAGGAAAGUAAAUCUAUAAAUACCUUCCAGUACAAUUGCUUAAAAUGAUUUUGGUUUACCAAGAUGAAAUAUUCAUUGAGCCAAAUUUAUAACACUUGGAGUUUCUUCACUCUCCUUUUCUGUUUUUACCUCAUUGCAAAAUUAUUUCAUUGUAUUGCUCAAGUGCCAAAUUAUUUAUUUUUUCUAAUCUGGUGAAUUAUUUUAAUGAUACCUACUGUUUUGUGUAAGUAGAUGGAUCAGAUGCUUUGUAAUUGUCUUGUGUUAACCUGCCGGCUGUGUUAAGUGGCAUGCCAACAAAUGGCAUCUGUAAUCUGUAUAUGCAAUAUAAAUUUAUUUUAUUUGAGUGUUUUCACUUAAAUUUAAAGUUUAUCCUGCUUUAGAUGUUGGGAGCAGAUUAAAAUAUUUGUUAAACAGCCCAGUAGCAGUAAGGUGCUUCAUUUGCACGUACACACACACACACAGAGUGGUAAUCUGAUUAAAACACAACCCUAUACAAGCAUAAUCCUUGACCUCAAAAACAACCUAAGAACCAUUAAACACAUUUUUAUGCCCACGUGAAUAUUAGCAAUGGCAUCCUUAUGACAUAUCAUUCAUGCCAGCAGUGCCUACACAUACUUGCACUAUGGAAUGGCACCAUCACAUUGAAUACCUUUAUGUUCUUGGUUGCUGCAGCGAUGGAGAGACUUUAAAUGUAAUGACACUGAUCCAUAUUGUUGUUGUUGUUGUGUGGCUUCAAGUUGUUUCUGACUUAUGAUGACCUAAGUUGAAUCUAUCAUGGGGUUUUCUAUGCAAAAUUUGUUCAUAGUGGGAUUGGGUUUUGCCUUUCUUUGAGGCUGAGAGAGUGUGACUUGCUUAAAGUCAUCCUGUGGGUUUCCCUAUGGAAUUUGACUCUCUUUGAGGUCAGAUUGGAUGUGCUAAAUGAAGAUGCAUAUGAAAUAAGAUUCUGACAUCUAGAAAUUGAAUAUUUAUUUACAUCUUUUUUAAAAAAAAUCUCAAUUGUUUGGUUUUUAAAAGUUCUGUUUCCUUUCUGUUUGUAUAGGACUCUGAAACUAGCAAUACUAGGUGGCCUGGUGGUUCUGCUCUAUCACUGGUUACCCUCAGGGAGAACCAAGUUUUGGACUAACCUUGGAAAAAACUACCUCCUUAGGAGAACUACAUAUUUAAUGAACUGGUGUAUGGGGGAAAUGGCCAAGAGCAGGGAGGGUCAGCCAUGCAUGUGUUGUCAGAAGUGGGGUUAGCUAAUAUGAAAUCACAUGUUAGAUGAAUACCGCUUAAUUUCAGAAGAAUGGUAGUAGUCUAGGAUUAUUUUGAUACUUAGCAUUUUUGUGU